CGUAGCCGCCCGCAUUCCCUACCCCCUCCCCUCGGACACAGGGAGCAUGCGCCCUGCGGCGCCGUUCCUCGGUCGGGGCCUGUUCCCGGGGUGCUUAUGGCACUGAGCCUGAGGCGCGAUCCUGGGCUGUGGCCGUGCUCACGGUGGCGGUGGCCGUGCUCACGGUGGUAGGAGCCGUGCUUGGCCAGCGACCCCUCAGCAGCUGUCAAAUGGCGGCUGUGCUGCACGUCCGUCUCCCGUCCGCUGGUGUGACCACGCCGCGGCUUUGGCCCCGUCAGUCCCUGUCAUGGGGUCCCUAAGAGUGAAAGUGUUGAGGGCGGUAUCUCCUCUGGAAGCCCGCAGAAAGCAUUAGGUUUCUGAGGCAGGCCCCGACACCCAGCCCGGCUUGGCCCCUGGUGGUGAAACUGGUUCCUGAGGGGAGUAAUGGAGGAAGGAACAAGUUUUGCUUAUGGCUGCUCCAGGAAAGGUGGCAGCUUUCCGUCUGCCUCCCCUGCCAACUGUUGGAGAGAUUAUUAAGCUUUUUCGCCUUAAAGCCCAGAAACAGCUUUCUCAGAACUUUCUACUGGAUUUGCGAUUGACAGACAAGAUAGUGAGACAAGCUGGCAACCUGAAAAAUGCCCAUGUUUGUGAAGUGGGCCCUGGGCCAGGAGGAAUUACCAGAUCCAUUCUCAGUGCUGGUGUUGAAGAGCUCCUUUUAAUAGAAAAAGAUGCUCGUUUUAUUCCAGGAUUACAGAUGUUAUCUGAAGCAGCUCCAGGAAAAGUGCGCAUUGUUCAUGGAGAUAUCCUGACAUACAAGAUGGAGAAGGCUUUUCCAAAGCACUUAAAAAAGAACUGGGAGGAUGAGCCACCAAAUAUACAUAUCAUUGGGAAUCUGCCCUUCAGUGUUUCAACUCCUCUAAUCAUCAAAUGGCUUGCAAAUGUUUCCAAAAAGGAUGGACCUUUUAUAUAUGGCAGGACACAGAUGACAUUAACUUUUCAGAAGGAAGUUGCAGAGAGGCUUAUAGCUAAUCCAGGAGGCAAGCAACGUUGCAGACUGUCCGUCAUGUCUCAGCAUCUCUGCACUGUUGAAAACUGUUUCGUAAUUCCAGGUGAAGCCUUUGUUCCAAAACCAGAGGUGGAUGUGGCCGUGGUGCAUCUCACUCCAUUGGUUCAACCAAAGAUAGAGCAGCCAUUCGAGCUAGUAGAAAAAGUGGUUCGAAGUGUUUUUCAAUUCAGAAGAAAAUAUUGCUUCCGUGGAAUCGAGACCUUGUUUCCUGAAAGUGGACGUUUGAAAAGAACAGAGCAGCUGAUGAUGACAGCAAAUGUUGACCCAACUCUGCGUCCUUUUCAGCUCUCCAUGUCACAGUUUAGAAAUCUCUGCAAUACAUACAAGAAAAUGUGUGAUGAAGACCCGAGUCUUUUUGUGUACAAUCACAGAGAAGAACUGAGGCAAAAGAAGAAAACUAAAAAGGGUUCGCUUAAAAGUACCAAUCAACCCAAACAGACUGAUGAAGAAAAUCAGCUUUAAUAGCUGUAAUCAGCAGCAGACUGCUUUUUAAAAAAAAAAAAAUUUAACUCCUGGAUUGAGAGUGUUGAUUAAGUAAAAGGAGGUUUAUAUAUUCCUGCAUCUGUGCAGGUAUGGAAGAAAUACUUUUGAGAAAGUGGUGGAGAGAGAGAGGACCUUCCCAUUUUAUUUAUUUGUUCCAUUCAGCUGUAAAUGAAAGUGAAGUAAAAGUCCAUUUACAAGGCGCCUGCAGGUUCUUUUUACUUCAGAGAAAUGGUUGGAACACAUACCAACAACAAGGUUUGUUGUGAAACAUGUCAUUAAAAUGAUAUACUUCUGAAGUAACUGAGGUUUGUAUGAAAGUGCAUUACUGAAAUGCAAGAAAAAUACCACUUUUCAUACUUCUGGAUGUAAGACUGAUAGGUUUUUUGUGCUCCUUUUAGCCUGGAAUGUCCUACUGUGCAGAGUAAUUCAGAAAACAAAAGCCAAAACUCUUGUGUAAGUAUACUGAAGGGACAGGCUUAAAG